AUGAGGAGCAGCAGCAGCAGCAGCAGCAGCAUGAAGCCAGCAGUCCUCUGGGUCCUCCUCCUCCUCCUCCUCCUGGGGGAUGGGGAGGCCUCAGACUACGGGGAGGAGAAGAAAGGGAAGGCUGGCUACUGCAUCGCCACUCCCAACGGGCUGUAUAACCCGCCCUGCACGGUGGACUGCGAAGCAGACAGCGAGUGUCCAAGGGAACAGAAGUGCUGCGAAUUCGCCUGCAGGUUCUCCUGCCUGCCCCCCAGCAGAGACAAGCCUGGCCUCUGCCCAGCUCCGCUCGUGAAGAAGCUGCAGGUGCCCGUCCAGUGUGCCACUGAGUGCAAGCAGGACGCAGAUUGCAGUGGGGCGCAGAAGUGCUGUGAGACGGGAUGCGGCCAGAGCUGCAGGAUGCCCCUUGAAGAGAAACCCGGGACGUGCCCCAGGAAGCAGCGGCAGAAGGGGGCAGAACCAUGUGCCGACACCUGCGUGCACGACAACGACUGCCUCAGCACAGAGAAGUGCUGCUUCACGGGCUCCGCCAUGGAGUGCAUCAACAUCCAGCAUGAUCGCUGGGCAGGGCCCUGA